UCAGAUAACAUGGAAAGACAUAACCUCACAAAGGUCUCAGAGUUCUACCUCAUGCGAUUCUCAGAGGAUCCAGACCUGCAGCCCGUCCUCUUCGGACUGUUCCUGUCCAUGUACCUGGUCACAGUGCUCGGGAACCUGCUCAUCAUCCUGGCUGUCAGCUCUGACUCCCACCUCCACACCCCCAUGUACUUCUUCCUCUCCAACCUGUCCUUGGCUGACAUCUGUUUCAUCUCCACUACAGUCCCAAAGAUGAUCUUUGACAUAUUAACACACAGCAGGAUCAUCUCCUAUGUGGGCUGCCUGACACAGAUGUCUCUUUUUGUCCUUUUUGUAUGUGUGGAUGACAUGCUCCUGACUGUGAUGGCCUAUGACCGCUUUGUGGCCAUCUGCCACCCCCUGAAUUAUGCAGUCAUUAUGAACCCUUACCGCUGUAUCUUGUUACUAUUGCUGUCAGUCUUUGUUAGUGUUGUGAAUUCCCAGAUGCACAAUUUAAUUGCCUUACAAGUUACCUGUUUCAAAGAUGUGGAAAUUGCUAGUUUCUUUUGUGAUCCUUCUCAACUCCUUCACCUUUCAUGUUCAGAUACCUUAAUAAAUAACAUAGUCCCAUAUGUGUUUGGUACCCUCCUUGGUUUUUUUCCCAUGUCAGGGAUCAUUUUCUCCUACUACAAAAUUGUUUCUGCCACCCUGAAAAUCCCAUCAUUUGAGGGGAGGUACAAAGCCUUUUCUACCUGUGGCUCUCACCUGUCAGUUGUUUGCUUAUUUUAUGGGACAUCUACUGGAGUGUAUCUUGGUUCAGCUGUGUCAUAUUCUCCCAGGAAGGGCAUGGUGGCCUCACUGAUGUACACUGUGGUCACCCCGAUGCUGAAUCCCUUCAUCUACAGCCUGAGGAACAGGGACAUCAGCAGCACCCUGAAGAGGCUCCACCUUUGGGAAAUCUAA